AAUGGUUGCAUCAAGAUCAGAACAAACCCAAUUAUAAUUAUCGAUCUCAUAGUCAAAAACUUUAAAAACCAAGUUAUCUUGAGAAUAAAAUCGAAAACGUCAAAUUACGAUGACUGGAUCAGGCUCUCCUUGUGGUGCUUGCAAGUUCUUAAGAAGGAAAUGUGUAAGGGGUUGUGUUUUUGCCCCUUAUUUUUGCCAUGAACAAGGUGCUGCCCAUUUUGCAGCCAUUCACAGGGUAUUUGGUGCCAGCAAUGUCUCUAAACUCCUUGCUCACCUUCCUGUCAGUGGUCGGUGUGAAGCAGCCAUUACCAUCGCCUAUGAAGCUCAAGCUAGGGUUCAAGAUCCCAUUUAUGGCUGCGUUUCACAUAUCUUCGCGCUACAACAGCAGGUGGUUAGUUUACAAUCCCAACUAGCUUUUUUAAAAGAGCAGGCAGCUCAAAGCUUAGUCAAUGGCUCCAGUUGUUCAAACUAUCCUACCAACUACAAUCGACCAAACGGAGGACAUCCACAUCCUUCUUACACAACAACACAAGACAUCCAGACGAAUUGGUUACAACAAUCGGAACAAUCAUCGUGCAUAAAUAUAUCUCAAUUUGAUAAAAAUUCAAGCACCAACAAUUUGAAUGAGACCAUGAAUUUCAACUUCAUGGGAAAUCAACACAACCAGAAUUCGCUUCUUAAGGAAGAAGAUGGGUCAUUUUCCAGCUUCCACGAAGGUUCAAGUUACUCCAUUGAUUCUUUGGACAUGCAAAUAAGCCAUAACAAAGAAUGGUUUUUCCAAGAGAAAACAGAAGAUCUUCACUCAAUUGCUUUCGGAUGUAUUCAGCAUUAGCUGAUCAGAUGAGAAAAUCAAGAUCGGCUUGGGAUCAGCUAGAAAAUAUUUAAAUAUAUAUAUAUAUAUAUACUUUCUGUUUGCUCUGUCAAUUUUGGUAUUCCUAGAGGAUAUUUGCCCCCACCUGUAUCCAAGACAUGCCAUUUUGCUACCUAUUAUUAUAUAAAAUAAACUAGGCCAGCUAGCAAACCCUAGAAAUGUUCAUAAUUAAGUUUGAAAACCCUAAGCUACCAUAUGAUUGAUUUCGUUCUUAGAUCUUGUGUAAUUUUGGUAUGAUUUCAUUUAAUAUUAGUUUAUGAAGUCUUGAUUAGAA